AUGGCUCGAAGACUGCGGGGGAUCCUGGGGAAGGUGGGGGGAGCUACCCGACGGGCGAUGCUCCCUUUUCCUCGUGCUCCCUUGCUCACGUUAAAUCAGAGGUGGUCCGAUGGAUUUGGCGUUCGUGACUUGUCUCCCGAGUCGGCAAAGGCCUCGAGACUUUCUACGUCUUCGAGUGCUCACUAUCUUGCCACCCCUGGGAUCCGUGCUCUCUCUUCCCGAGGUGCUCCUCCGAGGAGACAGGCGGGUCACGGAUACUCUCCGAGUGAGCGAGGAGUGCGAAAUGUGAGCGCCAGACCAAUUCAAACCUGCGAAACUCAAGCACUGCAACCGACCUGCGAGCUGGAAGAGACGUCAGGGAGUUUUCGAAGAUGUGAGGCCCUGAGGCUGAGAUGA